UAAUGAAGGUUUAAGAUUUUUCUGAAAAGUAAGCCAAACCCAUCGAUUCACGAUUGAUGAAUGGUCCAUUACAAGAUCGCCACUGCACAGAUAUCAUAUGUUGUUUAUUAUUUAUUGCGUCAUUCAUUUUCAUGUGGUAUAUUGCUAUAACUGGGUACUCUUUGGGGAAAACCAGAAAGAAUAUUGGCAGCCUAUGAUUCUGAUGGCAAUGCUUGUGAUCUGGAUUUGCCAAGUUAUCCCUUAUUAUACUCUCCCUAUUAUUCAUCCUGAUUACUAUAACAAGACAGUCUGUGUGGAAAGAUGCCCAGCAAAUACAUCAGACACUGUUAAAUGUUAGACAAAUAAAAAUAUCACAUCCUGUCCUAGAGAUUGUACAAAAGUUUCAGUUAAUACAUCUGCUACUUUUGAUUUCACUUCUGUGGAUUCAAUGAAGACCUACGUCGACACAAUCACAAGUUCAGUCACUAAUCCUGAGAAUUGGAUUUGUCUCUAUGGGAGUGAACCCAUUUUCUCAAGAGCAUGUUUUCCAAGUACAGCUUUAGACAUUCUGAAUUAAACCUCUAAUUUCAGUUCUUCUAUUGACUUGAAUAGAUUGACAUCCUGGUUAUAUGACCUUUCUGUUGCCAAAUAUAUCAUUCUUGCAUCAUUUUUUAUAGCAUUCGGUUUAGGAUUAAUUUACAUGGUGAUUCUAAGAUUUUUGGGAGGAUUAUUUGUAUGGUUGACAAUCUUGCUCUACUUUGUUGGAAUUUCAGUUUUGGCAGGUUACACUUGGAAUUAGCACUUAUAUUAUUUGAAUGAUUCUCAAUAAUCAGCCUCAGCAGGUUCGACUAAUGCAUCUGAUAAUGCAAAAGCCUUAGAAUAUAUAUUUUAUAUUGAAAUAGCUUGGAUAGCAUUUUCAAUUCUUGCCUUUUUUUUGCAUUUUCAACAAAAUCAGAUUGGCUAUAGGAAGUAGUGA